AUGGAGGAAAUGAUCCCUAAGAUUGUUAAACCAACUUGGGAGAAAUCUCUUCCUGAAAUUUUUAUUAAAAAUAACAUUUCUUUCAAUGUUGUUCAAUCAGAUGUUUUCAUCAAUUUUGUGAAGUGCACAACCUGUUAUGGUCCUAGUGUUCCUAUUCCAAGUUAUGGAACCCUUCGUGGAAGAAUAAUUCUUGAAGCAAGAAAGGACCUUGAAAAAUAUGCUGACGAAGUAAAAUAUUCUUGGAAGCAAACUGGUUGUACAAUCAUGUCUGAUUCAUGGACUGACUUGAAGAAGCGGUCUUUUCUUAAUGUGAUUGCUUAUUCCCCGGAUGGUGCUCUCUUUUUGAAGUCAGAGGAGUGUUCUCAUGUUAGAUUGACUGCUUCUUACACAUUUGAUAUUCUUGACAGAGAGAUUCAAAGUAUUAGCCCAAAUUUAGUAGUUCAGCUAAUUUUAGACAAUGCAUCCAAUUAUUCAAGUGCACUUGAUAUGCUUACUGGAAAGUAUCGUUGGUUGUUUAAGACUCGAUGUUCAGAGGAGUGUUCUCAUGCUAGAUUGACUGCUUCUUACACAUUUGAUAUUCUUGAUAGAGAGAUUCAAAGUAUUAGCCCAAAUUUAGUGGUUCAUCUAAUUUUAGACAAUGCAUCCAAUUAUUCAAGUGCACUUGAUAUGCUUACUGGAAAGUAUUGUUGGUUGUUUAAGACUCGAUGUGUAGCCCAUGGUAUUAAUCUAAUGUUGAAGGAUAUCUAUAAAAAGUCAAUUGUUGAAGUGGAAGAGAAGCUUAGACUCCUAGUUGCAUCAGCUGAGUGGAGGAGUCUAAGAAAUUCGAGAUCUGUUGAAACAGAUCGAGUGGUGGAUACUAUUCAAAGGGAGUCAUUUUGGAAUGAUUCAAAAGAGAUUUUGAGAUUUAUGGAACCAUUCAUUCGAGUUCUCCGUUUGGUUGAUGGUGAUGGGGCUACAUUAGGGUAUUUGUAUGAAGCAAUGGAAAGAGCAAAAGAGAGCAUUGAAGACCUUGACAAAGAGCUAAAGAGAUUAUUGGAUGAUAGCAUUGUUGAGGACUUGCUAUUUGGUGCAAGUGCUAGUUUUACUGAGAGCGAGAUUCAACCCCAGAUAGUAUAUAAUGAUGUAGUUGAGUACUUAAGUUAUGGUGAUGCAGCCUUCUCUAAAGUCUGCGAUAGAGAUGCCAAUCGAGCCAAUCCAGACCCAGCCAUCAACUCAACGCAUGCUGAAGCAGAUACUUGGUUGCAUAGCCCUGAAGUUGAGUCGUGGGAGCUCUUUGUUAAAGUAGCUGGUGUACAUGUUGCUGCGGAUGACAUAAAGGGCUUUGCUGAAGAAAUUGUCCGAAGGUGUGAGGGUCUUCCCCUUGCAAUUGUCAAUGUUGCUCGCACAAUGGCAAAUCGACAUGGAGUUGGGGUGUAG